GUAUGUAAAGAGUAAAAAUGGCGGAUGACAAUGAAGACCAGUGGCUAUACGGCGAUUCAAAUGAUGGAAAAGACAGUUUUACAAAAGACGAGCCGUCUGAAAAUGAUAAAGAUCCAACGCCAAAUGUAAGUCAAGAUGAGUUACAAAAUAUUGAAGAGAAUAACGCGGAAAUUAACGCUGAUGAAUCUACUGGGGUAGCGGAUACAUCAGCAUUAGAAGAACCAACGGCCCCAGAACCGGAAGAUGAAGCUUCCGAACAAACAAAUGAAAAUGGUACGAAGGAACCAAGUCAAGAAGACGCUGAUGCUUCAAGUGAUUCUGAUUCUGACGAUGACGUUCAUGUUGUCAUUGGUGACAUUAAAUCAACACCAGCUUACAAUAAUUUAAAUAUCAAACGCACAGGGCUUUUGACAAAUGCGUCUGGGAUAUCAGAUAAAUUAAAUAAGCAGCCUGGUAAAUUUAGUAUUGAUGAAUUUGAAACAAUUGGAGUCAUAAAUGGUAUCCAAGCACACGAGUUUAAUCUCGAUCAGUUGGAAGAUAAGCCAUGGAGGCAACCAGGUGCUGAUAUUACGGAUUAUUUUAAUUAUGGUUUUAAUGAAGAAACUUGGCGGGCUUAUUGCGAACGUCAAAAAAGAAUGAGAAGUGAAUCGGGUGUUGGACUUGUUCUAAAUGCUGGAUCCGGUGGACCUAAUUUAAUAAACACACGUGUGUCACAAGUUGCUAUUACUAAUGACAACAGUAAAUAUUCAGGUAUUUCAGGACCUAAACGAGCUGGACCACCACCUGGAAGAAAGAUGGCUGGGACAAUUGAUGUUAUUGGUAGUUCUGGUUUAGCAUCGCGUAGGAAUCUUGAUAAAUCACCACCUAAAGAAAAUGUUAUACAAGUUAUGACGGCUGACAGACGAGAGUACUCAAGAAAACCCGGGUUUCCUGACAUGAGUGUACCACCACCAGCACCUGGAAUGGCACCACCACCAUUCGAUUUACCUCCCCCUCCAGCUCCUUACCAGGAACCUCCACCUUUCUAUAUAUCAGAACCUGAUCCUUAUUACCAGAGUUACGAGCCUACACAAGACAGUCAAUGGGGAAAUGAUCCUACUUGGCAGCCAACAAAUUUAGCCGUUCCAUUAUCGACAUCUGAAGACAAUAAAGAUCUAGGUCCUAAAUCAAUUCCAACAAUGGUACCGCCGCUGACGAUUCCUCCACUGAUUGCUUCUGCUCCACCUCAACGUGAACCACCACCUAGGGGCGACAUUCCUCGUAAUGAAAGAGAAAUUGAUUCAAUGGGUAGGGAAAGAGAACGAGAACGUGAACGUGAACGUGAUCGUUCAGAACGUGACAAAGAUUCAUCUGUCAGAGAACGUGAACGUGACUCUGUAACGCGAGAUGAUGACAAAGAUCGUGAUCGUUCAAGGUCACAAUACCGUCAUAAAGAAAGACACAGGCAUCGAUCACGAUCACGUUCAAGGCGACAUAAAUCAAGAUCUCGCAGUCCCAGUCGUCGUAAGAAAAAAUCACGACGUACUGAUCGUGAAAGAUCUAAAGAAGAAAGUGAAUAAAUUAAAUCAGUUUCUAUUACCGAGACUUACAUAAUAUUUUAUUUCAAUUUUUCAUUAAUUGCGCAUUAUUAAACAAUAGUGCUUACUUUGUACAAAACAAAUACUAAUUAAAAAAAUGGUAAACAAUGAUGUGACGCUAAUUAAAAAUAAUAUUUUAUUUGUUAUGAAAAUAAAUUAAAUUUAGAUUUAAAUGGAAUAUUGAUAAAUAACGAAACCAUUUUUAAUUUCACAUUAAGAAAAUUUAAAAAAAAUCUGGAAUAUGGCUGACCCUGUGGUGAUUUAUGAGUUAUGCAACAAAAACUUCACUGAGAAAUUAAAAUAAUAUUGUACAAACAAGAAUUUUUUGGUUAAAAAAAUCCGUCACAAAUAUUUAUUUCAUUAUAAUUAACGAGCAAUCUGCAGUCACUACGUGAUUGCCCAAAUAUCACUACUGAUUUUAUAAAAUACUCAGAAAAAAACGAUUUCUUGCCUAAAAAAAUUUUAUUUGCAACAAGAAAUUUUAUGCAUCAUGAAUUCAAUACAAAAAUUUUCUGGGGGCGAGAAAAGAUUAUUUUGAUCAAGAAAUGAUUCCUUGCACCAAAAAAUUUUUUCUCGUUGUAAAUAACUUUUUGGCUUUAAUUCACAAUGCGAAAAAUUUCUUGGGGUAAGAAAAAUUUUCUUUAGGCGAGUAAAGAUUUUUUGUGUCAAUGAAUCCUUUAUUUUCUAUCCACACGUUUUUGGCUUUGAUAAGCUUCCUAAAACCAAAUGGAAACAUAAAACUUUGUCAUUUUGGAAUAAGUAACGCGAUAUAAAUAAUAUAGUAUAUAUUCAGUGACAUUCAGUCAUAUUUAGUAACAGAAUAAUUAGAACAUUAAUUUAUUUAAAGAAAAUAAUUACGAUAGUAUUUUUUCUCGGGUAAUUUAAAUGUAAUUCGAAUGAUACAGAUAAAUCGAUUUUUCUCAAUGAUUGAUAAUAGAAAAGAGUUGAAACUAUGAAAAGGCACAAAUUCAAGUCAAAACCUUUCUAACGAUACCAAAUUUAAUAACAUUAACUAAUUUCAUCAUACAGAUAUGCCGGGAACCAAAUUUGCCUUAUUCUCUUAAUAAUGUAGAUUAUCAAUUUCUUGAGAAAAGAGCAAUAAAUUUAUUUUUGUUACUAUGUGGGUCACUCCAUAUCAAAUCGACAAAUGGUUGGAAUUGACCCCCUCCGAUUCGGAUAAAUUUUGGUGGAGAUUUUUGUCUCAUAAAACGAAGUUCUGCCAAAGGAAAAAUUAAAAAAAAAUUUUUCUUGAGAGUUAGGCAAAAUUUAAAACUUCACUGUUUUUCUGAUUUUUUAAGUUUAUUUAUUUAAUAUUUCAUAACCUACUGUAUUAAAAAAAAACACUGAUGUAUUCAAAGAGGACCCUUAGAGGUACGAGAAAAAAAAUAUUUUGGAAAAAAAAAUUUUGAAAAUUACCAAAAUUGUAAAAUUUUGAAUGUUUUAAAAUUGUAAAAAGUAAAGUUCACAGUCAAAUUUUA